AAAACAUUGUCGUCGAUGUCAUCAGUAGUCAGUAGCAAGUCGCCAAACGUAAACAUGCAAGAGGCAGAAUUUGGUUUUAGUAUACUUUUCUUUUUAUUUUCAUUCGGGAUUAUAUAUCCGCCGCAGGAAUUCGAAUCAGUUGGACUUACAAUAAAUAAUGUGUUCAGUUCAUAUCUGGGUAGCAGCGAUAUUGAAUUUAUUCAAUAUCAUUUGCGACGAACAUGUUUAACGCUAUUAAUUCAUUCAAUACUACCGACAUUGUAUGUUGUUUGUUAUUAUCUCAAGUUCGGCGAUAUAAUUGAAUACAAUGCGGAAGUGUUUCCGAUAUUCGUUCUUUGGAAUUUUUUGAUUUUCUUUUUGAUGAUUUUACCGGUAAUUUCGGCUACCGUUAUUUACUACUGGUGUAAGGAUAACUAUGCGAAUCAUCCGCUUGCUCAAAAUCUUCAAAAAUACAGUCGUGAGAAUUGGAUCCAAGCGGCGCGUGAUAUUAAUGCCGAAAACAGACGCGAUAACAAAUUAUGUAUGAAAACGAGUGCGAUUCAUUCAGUUGUUGCAACAGCAAAUUGGAUCAUGAAAGUUUCUUAUUAUAGUGUUUCGGUGGCUCAUCAAAGUGAUACAGCACUCAUAGCUAUUCGAAGUGAUUCACAUGACUUAAGCGAAAUUUCCACGGAGUCGGUACAAUUUGUAAAUAUAAAAGUAAAACCAACUCGUGUCGGCGUAUCCGAAUUUAUAAUUCGUAUAAAUGCAUUGGAUUUUAAGACCCUUCAAGAUCGAAUGAUGCGACCAAUCACAAUUUUGGAUGGUGUAACGUUCAGCAAGACCGUCAUUGAUAGAUUUAUUGAAGUAUUCAAACAACAAGUCCUUUUAAAUCCAACAUACACCACGGAUGAGGUGAUUUUGGAUCUUUGUUUUGCCUGUAUGCAAGCUCGGCCGAAUGUUAAACUCCAAAAGAAAUGUACAAACGAAUUUGGUAAUGACGACACGAAUAACGAGCAUGGAUGCACUAAUUGUUAUUGCCGACCAAUGUGGUGCGUUGACUGUUUAGCAAAAUGGUUUGCAUCGCGACAAGAUCAACAAGAGAAAGAAAUUUGGUUACAACAGAAAUGCAGCUGCCCGAUGUGCAGAGCCAAGUUUUGUAUAUUGGAUGUCUGCUAUGUUGAAUUAAAUAGAUGAAUUCGUAUUUUAAAUGUGUCUGUUCAAGCUCUUGUGGAAUGAACAGAUGUUGUUCGUUUCUCACGAAAUACUUAUUUUGUUUCUGAAAAAUAUAGAAUUUUACACCUUGCUCUAUGAUGAUUGUUUGAAAAAUAUUUGUAAUCCACAUUCAGAUAGAUUUAAAACAAUAACAAAUAUAAUAUAUAAUAAGAACCAACCAAUA